GUACAAUCCCACAAUUUUUGUCCAGAAAUUAGGUUAAUUACCCCCACAUUCGUUUUCUUUGCAAUAAGGCUAAAUAUCAGGGCGCAUUUUGUAAUUCGUUUACACUUUCUCGCUCCUUCGCUCCUGAACUGAUUUGUUCAUGAAAAUUGAUCUGAGAUUCACAGCUGAAAAUUUUCCAUGAAUCGACUUCUCAAAAAUUGCAAGCGUCAUGUGUUCUUCAAGCUUGGAGGCCUGAGGGGCUUCGCCGCGCAGAGUGGGAAUGGACCCAAUGCUCAGAACCUGAAGAUUGAAGGGAUUAAAGACAUCAUAGCUGUUGCCUCAGGCAAAGGUGGUGUUGGCAAGUCCACCACAGCCGUCAAUUUGGCGGUUUCACUUGCGAAUAAAUGUGGGCUUAAAGUCGGCUUGCUUGAUGCGGAUGUUUAUGGGCCUUCGAUCCCGAUAAUGAUGAAGCUCCAGGGAAAGCCUGAAGUGAGUGAAGGUGAUAAGAAAAUGAUCCCGAUUGAAAACUAUGGUGUCAAGUGCAUGUCAAUGGGAUCUCUCGUGGCAGAAGGGGAUGCGAUUGUCUGGAGAGGGCCUAUGGCAAGUUUUGAUCUUUUUAUAUUUUUCUGCCAUGUGAUGAAAGCACUCGAGCAGAUGACAAGAGGGGUCCAAUGGGGAUCCCUCGAUGUUCUUGUGGUGGACAUGCCACCUGGCACCGGCGAUGCACAGAUUUCCAUUUCCCAAAGAUUGCAAUUGUCCGGAGCACUAAUCGUCUCGACUCCUCAGGAGGUUGCAUUAAUGGAUGCUAGGAGAGGAGUUAGAAUGUUCUUGCAAGUUAAUGUGCCGAUUUUGGGAAUCUUGGAGAAUAUGAGCUACUUCAAAUGCCCCAAGUGUUGUGAGCCUUACUACAUUUUCGGGAAAGGUGGAGCCCAGAGGAUUGCUGACAAGAUGGGUAUGGAGUUUCUUGGCGAGGUACCUUUAGAGACAGGGAUCAGAAGUGGGUCGGACGAGGGUGUACCUAUCGUGAUAUCAGACCCGGAUUCCUUCGUGUCCCGGGCUUAUGAUGAUGUGGCACAAAAAAUCGUGGGCCGGCUUGAACUUACGAAACAGAAAUACGCGCCACCGGAAAUAAACCUUUAGAGUUGUGAAAACAUAGUGGCAAGUUCUUUAAGAGGAUUAACAGGAUAAACGAUUGGAUUUUGAUCUGAGUCGUGUUUUAUAUACAGCUUGUCUUGGGCUACAAAUGUUUCUAUACACAGCUAAGAUUUAUGCACUCAAUUGNUUUUAUUGUUCUUUCUUU